CUGCGCGGCAGACUGCGGCCGGGGUGGGGCGCAUGCGCAGGGUGCGUCACCGGCCGGACGUUGAGGGAGAAACCUCGAGAGAGGGGAAGGGAGAAGUGGCCGAAAGGGAACGUAGGCGCGGUUGUGUUCAUCUUUUUCAACGUGCUUAGGGAAUACUUGUACCGAAUUGCAAAAGAUGGGGACUCCUGGAUCUGGAAGGAAACGUACCCAAGUCAAGGACAGAUUCUCAGCUGAAGAUGAAGCCUUAAGUCACAUUGCUAGGGAGGCAGAGGCAAGGCUUGCUGCCAAACGAGCGGCUCGAGCAGAAGCAAGGGAUAUACGCAUGCGAGAGCUGGAACGACAACAAAAAGAGCUCAGCAAUCGUUAUCAUGAUAGAAAGUGGGGACAAAUCCAAAAGUGGAUGGAGGAUUCAGACAGGGCCAAGUAUUCCCACCGAUCCAAUCAGCGGCCUUAUGUGGGUUCUUCAAGUUUGACAUCAAGUCGGGGUCUCGACACUCACAGGAGCUCAUCAGUGGAUGUGCGUGACUCACACAAGGGCAGAGAAAGCACUUCCAAGAGGAGAGACCAUGUGUAUGAUUUACUAAAGGAUAGCUCCAGAAGAAGUACUCUCUCCAACCAAAUCUACAGCUCCUCAUAUUCUACCAAGGAUAAGCCAUCUAGUUCUCGUAAAGACCUACUGAGCGGACUUUACCAUGAUCAGAGGAAAUAUACCAGUCUUAAGCAUAGCAAACCCAUCUCUACCUACUACCCUCGGUCCUCUUCACUUUACAGCGAUCCUUUGGCCACCACCAAGAGUUUCAGGAAUUCUCCUAUUUUAAGUAGUAGUUUGACCCGAAGUUCCAGUUCGGCGUCAUUAUAUGAAGAUGGGAUUUCAAACUACUCUUCCCGCACUCCAUCUGAGUACAGCUAUUACUCGUCAAGAGCCAGCUCAGCACGAAAUAGUCCUUCGUUUACAGACGAUGAGGGUUCUGUGUCGUCUCGUAAUGCUGGCCGAGGGAGAAGGGAUAGCGUGGCAUCAGACUUCUCUGACCAGAGUGAAUCUGCAGCUGAUUAUUUUAGUCGUUCCAACCGUAGGGGAAGCAUUGUGUCUGAUAUGGAUGAUGUCAGCAUCCACGAUAUAAAUAGCUUGGAUGAGAAGAUAGACAAGCAGUACACUGACAGUUACUCCAGGCCAUCAUCCCGUAAUGCAACAUCAGGAUUACCUGGAACCUUUAGUGGUUCAUCUUCUCGGAGAGGAAGUGGAGAUGCAAGUAGUCUAUUGGAUCCAGAUGCCUCGCUUAGUGAAUUAAGGGAUAUCUAUGAUCUUAAGGACCAGAUCCAAGAUGUAGAAGGGAGAUACAUGCAGGGACUAAAAGAGCUAAAGGACUCUCUAUCAGAGGUAGAGGACAAGUACAAAAAAGCCAUGGUAUCCAAUGCACAGCUCGACAAUGAAAAAAGUAAUCUAGUAUACCAAGUUGAUACUUUGAAAGAUGUCAUUGAAGAAAUGGAAGAACAGAUGGCAGAGUACCAUAGGGAAAACGAAGACAAGUCAAAGGAAUUGGAAAGACAGAAGCAUACUUGCAGUAUCCUCACUCAUAAAUUAGAAGAACUUAAAGAAGGUAUUCGUCAAAGGGAUGAGCUCAUAGAGGAAAAUACGCUUUUGAAACAGAAAGUAGACUCUCUAACCAGGGAGGUCUAUGACCUGCAAGAGACUGUUAAUUGGAAGGAUAAAAAAAUUGGGGCACUAGAGAGGCAGAAAGAGUACUUUGACUGCAUUAGGAAUGAGCGGGACGAGCUGAGAAAUGAGUUGACUGAUAUGAAAGGAAAAUCAAAGGUAGGCAAGAAACAUGGCUUAGUCAUUAUUCCAGAUGGUAAUGGUACACCCAACGGUGACAUAAACCAUGAACCAGUGGUUGGUGCCAUAACUGUGGUGUCCCAGGAAGCAGCCCAGGUAUUGGAAUCUGCAGGGGAAGGCCCACUUGAUGUGAGGCUACGAAAACUGGCUGAGGAAAAGGAUGAGUUGGUGUCCCAGAUCAGAAAGCUGAAGAUGCAACUAGACGAGGAGCGCCAGAAAAACAACAAGAGUAAUACUACAACAACUGAUCCGGCAGGCCUGGAGAAUGGGUCUGACCUGCAACUAAUUGAAAUGCAGAGAGAUGCAAAUAGACAGAUUAGCGAAUACAAAUUUAAACUUUCCAAAGCAGAGCAAGAUAUAACAACGUUGGAGCAAAAUGUACUAAGGCUUGAAGGACAAGUUGUCCGAUAUAAAAGUGCAGCAGAAAAUGCUGAAAAAGUUGAAGAUGAACUAAAAGCAGAAAAGAGAAGAAUUCAAAGAGAGCUCCGAACAGCCUUAGACAAAAUGGAGGAAAUGGAAAUGACAAAUAGCCAUUUAGUGAAAAGGUUAGAGAAGAUGAAGGCCAACAGGACUGCACUUCUGUCACAGCAGUAAUAAAAGGAUGAAAUACAACUAAAUGCACUGCUCCUUAUGACAACACACCCUUAUAUUGUCUUACUAUGGAUAUUCUUGUUGGCUCAACUGGAGCAAAUGUUGCCUUGGCCUUCCAGGGCCCUAGCUACAAAAUAACAUAAUUUUUAAUUUAUGAGAGAAUGACAAAACUGGCAUGGAAUAUGCCAAACCGUGGUGAUUUCUCUUUUCAAGACACUGAUUCGGGUAAAUUUACGAAUUUGAAAGCAACACGCUGGAUUGCUGGUUUUUGAAAAAUCUUUUUUUCCCCCUCACAAUAUUAUAAUUAAAUUUACUCACACGCCCUACUCCUGCCUGCUGCUUACAUAUGCAGGUGAAGAAAAACUACUGCAUAAAGAGGAGGAUAUUUUACAACAACCCCAUCAACGAUACCUAUCCGACGCUGUGCAAAACAUGAGACUUAACGCCUUCCUUGCCAGAGAAUUAAAGGAAGAGAAGCAAGCAGCAGCAACAAUUUCUUUGUUGCCAAAUUUAGAGUCAGACUUAAUUUUCUUUUAACUGAGAUCUCAAGCACAUCUGUAGUGCAAUGGGGAAAAGGGGUUUAGAAAAAGCCAAGUGCCUUCUUCCUCUUCACAGUAAUUUCAUCUUUAAUGCUGUUAAACUGUCUAAGGAUCUUAAAUCAACCUGUGCUAACGUUUAUACUUUGGAACAUUACAAUUUUGGAGGGGGAUGUGCAUUCAUUAAACUUUAUACAUUUUGAACAAAAUACAUUUUGUAAAAAAAAAAAAAAAAAAAGAUUUUUUUUUUAAUUUGUAUAAGAAAUGUUUAACAAAAGACUUGGACUGUAUAUACAUCUUGCUUUUAUUGCAUGGGUGAUGGCACAGCUGGAUGAUAGUAUUUUAAUAAGAUUAAUUAGCUUUCGGUAAGAGAAGAAACCACAGAUAUGGCUGAGAUUUUGCUGUACAUUGUAAAAUUGUAUUAUCUGCUUCGGUGCAAGUGGAGACCUCAAACUUAAGAGUAUUGAUGAGGCACCUAUUAAAUCGACACUUUAAUGGCCA